AUGGGCUACACCUCGAUACUCACCGCCUUCGUCGCCAUCUUUCUCCUGGCAGAUCGUGCUCUCGCCGAGGACAAUCCGUCUUCACUUCUCUGGUACUCUGCUCCAGCAUCUGGCUUUAACUCAGCAUUGCCUAUCGGAAAUGGCCGCAUUGGAGCGAUGAUAUAUGGCCGCAUCGACCAGGAGAUCGUCAACAUGAACGAAGAUUCGAUUUGGAGCGGCGGAUUCACGAACCGAAUCAACCCCAAUGCCAAAGCUGCAUUCCCUCGAAUUAGGUCGAAGAUGGACGUGGGGGACCUAACAGCAGCAGGGGACGACUGGUUGCAGAAUAUGACGGGAGUUCCUACAUCGCCGAGGAGGUAUCAGGCUGCUUGCAAUCUUACCAUCGAGGUCGGCCAUGGAUCAGUCCAGGACUACAACCGGACUCUGGAUGUCAGCACCGGAUUGCAGUACGUAAAGUACACCUACAACAACAUGAGCUUCGAACGAAGGGCGGUUGCGAGUACACCAGCAAAUGUUGUUGCUUUCCACUACAAUGGAAGCCAGCCUGGAGCCAUCAAUUUGACUGUAGCCCUGCAAAGGAGCCAAGGCAAUGUUUCUACUACCUAUGACAAUGGUCUGAUACUACUUCGUGGUGCCGGUACAGAUGACAAUAUGUACACCUUCACAGCUGGAGCCAGGGUUGUAAAUACUGGAGGCACGUUGACGACCAACGCCGAUUCCAUUUCCAUUGUAAAUGCAGACUCGAUCGUGAUCUACUGGGAUGCAGAGACCAUUUACCGGUAUCCAAAUCAAGCAUCUUAUGAGUCGGCCCUCAAGGAUCGACUCAAUAGUGCAGCAGACCAGGGGUUCGAUGAGAUAUAUCAGCAAGCAGUGCAAGACUUUCAAGGCUUCUACUCCAGAGCAACCUUUUCUGUGGGCAGUUCAGGCGAGGCAGUAGGAGUUGAGACCUACAAACGUUUGCAAAAUCUCGCUGCAAGCCAGAACAUCGAUAGCGAUUCCGAACUCCUAACCCUUAUGUAUAACUACGGCCGGUAUCUCCUGAUAUCAUCGGCUCGCCCCGGCACGCUUUCACCAAAUCUUCAAGGCAUCUGGAAUAAGGACUUCGAUCCUCCCUUCGGCUCUAAAUAUACAAUCGACAUCAAUCUUGAAAUGAACUCCUGGCUUGCGGAUAUCAAUGGCCUCUCCGAAUCGCUCACGCCUCUCUGGGACCUCCUAGGCCUGAUGCGACAACGUGGACAACAAGUAGCAAGCGACAUGUACAGCGCUUCUGGAUCUGUGUGCCAUCACAACACAGAUCUAUGGGGUGACUGUGCGCCGGUGGAUUCUGGCACUCAGUGGACGAUCUGGCCGAUGGGCAAUGCAUGGCUGAUGACGCAUGUGAUUGAGCACUACCGCUUUACUAGGAAUGCUACCUUCGUUACUGAGGUGGCGGGUCCGCUCUUCAACGAUGCUGUCGCCUUCUACGAAGACUUCUGCGUGUUGAAAGACGGGUAUAGGACGAACUAUCCUUCGAACUCGCCCGAGAAUUCUUACUUCAUCCCCUCAAAUGAUAGCGUUGCUGGGCAGCAGACUGGCAUCGAUACUACCACGCAGAUGGACCGAGCCCUGCUUUGGGACCUCUUCACCGGCUUCAUCGAGCUGAGCAAUGCGGUCGGCUCUUCGAAUGGAGUCGAAGAUGCUCAGACGUUUCUUUCGCAGCUCCAAGAACCAAUAAUCAGCCCAACUACUGGAAGACUCCUCGAAUGGUCUCAGGACUUCAACGAGACUGAGCCAGGUCAUCGCCACUUCUCCCCUCUUUUCGGCCUCCACCCAGGCCACCAGUAUUCGCCGUUGGACAACGACACUUCCAUCUUCAACGCCGCGAACAAGCUUCUUCAGCACCGAAUAGAUAGUGGUGGCGGCUCCGAAGGGUGGUCACGGAUAUGGUCCUCUGCACUCUUCGCCCGGGCAUUCAACGGCGAUGCCGCUGUCACAAGCGCAGAAGUGCUUUUGACCACAUAUACCUAUUCGAACCUGCUCAGCCAUACGAGUAACACAUUUCAGAUCGACGCCAACUUCGGCAUUGUGGCUGCCCUGAACGAGAUGUUUCUGCAGAGUCACACAGAUGGCAUCGUGCACAUCGGUCCAGCCUUGCCGACGACCAGGCUGGCGAACGGGAGCUACACGGGCUGGAAGAGCAGAGGUGGAUUUACUGUCAGUGCGCAGUGGCAAGAUCAUCAUAUCACAGGGGCGACGAUCUCUGCGUCUGUGGAUGGGCCUUUGAAGGUUCGAAUUGAGGGUGGGAGAGCGUUUAGGGUGGAUGGGCAGUCCUAUGGUGGCGCGAUUCAGGCAACGGCUGGCAGCACUUACGUCGUUACCUUUUGA